AUAAAAUUGAAAUGAAUAAGUUAAUAAUUUUGUCAUUGAUGACAGCAUAUGUUGUUGCCAAUAACUUUAAGUAUUAUCAUGCAUGUUCAAAGGCUGUUUGUGCUAUUCCUUAUCAAAGUUGCUAAAAUGAUAAUGCUUGUCAGGGAACUUUAAAAACAUGUGAAGAAAGUAUAUAGUUUAUUAAAAGUUUUAGAAUGUUCAUCUGGAUAAGAGAAUUGCCUUGAAGCAUGUCUAUUCAGUUCAAAUUCAUUAGCUGUAUAAAAGUUGGCUCUUUGCUCUUUAAAUAACAUGUGUUUAAAUUCAGUUUAGUGUCACAACGAUAUCACAUGUCCAUAAACUUGUAAGGAACCAACAAAAUUAGGAAAUGAUUAUUGUAGCACUCCUAAAUCUUAUGCUUCUUAGGAAUGCAUUUCAGAAUAUUUAAUUUAAAUAGGUAGAGAAGAAUGUGCAGAUAGAAAUUGCGUUUGUAAGACAGUAUCAUCUUUAGACAUUUAUAUUGCAGGAUGUUAUUGUUGAAUUAUUAUAAAUAUAAAAUAUAUA